UUUUGAGGAAAUCCGCAUUGUGAAGGAGAAUUUGAAACUUGGCGCGAGAUACAUAUUUAUUAAUUGAUUGGUCCGAGAAUUUGUAAUCGAGUUGAGACAGUGAUAGCACUGAGGUGUCUUAUCAGUGCGUAGUACACAUAUAUAUGUAGUACAAAUGUUAAUUUCUGAUUUUUUGCCUGUUUUACACCGGUUGAUAGAAGGGAAUAGAAAGUGCCUUCAACCUGUUCGUAUGGUUAUAUAACACAUUCCUAAUUCCUGAUGCAAUAGCAAAGUUAUCCUUCAAUCGCUAGUUAUUGCUAGUCAGUCGCAUAUCGUUUGCAUACGUGAGAUUAUCGCGAGACUAUCCAAACGUCAAUUAAGUAAAAUGUUACGUAGGGGUGCAUGCCAAAUUGCCAGCUCGAUUCAUUCAAGUCCUCACGCAGAGAUACAUGACGUUCCGAUGGACGUAAUUAUCAGCCCUUUCCCCGCCGUAGUGGACGAGGAAAAGAUCCAAGGUUUAAUGAACGCGUUGAAAAACGCCGAGACUGAGCACACGGUACCGCCCAUCGACAUCUUGUGGAUUAAAGGAAGCAAAGGUGGUGACUACUAUUAUUCUUUUGGUGGCUGUCAUCGUUAUACCGCCCAUCAACGAUUAGGUAAAAUGUCUAUUAAAGCCAAAAUAAUUCAAUCAACCUUGACGGAUUUACGAUGUUAUCUGGGAAAUUCUACUCCAGACUUGAAGUAAUUUUAAGUGCACACUACUUGUACUUAAUAUAUGCAUACAAUCUGUAUGCAUAUUAUAUACCCAUUUUUAAUUAUAGGUAUAUGAAUUGAAUUACUUAUAUACAUGAAUAAUAUGUAUAAACAUAUAUAAUUUUUUACUAUUAUAUUGUAUUAACAUAUAUUGUAUAUAAUUUGAAGAAAAAUAAUGAUGUGCAGUUAAAUCGAGUUUAUAGCAACAUUACUGCACAUAUUUUAUAAAAGAUACAU